AUGACUACCCCUGCUCGGGUGUUUGUCGUGAGACACAGAGAUACAGACUCAAAUCGCAACAGAAUCAUACAGGGUCAGCUAGACACACAGCUCAAUGCCACUGAUCUUGCACAAGCUGCGAUGACCGCAGAGGCGCUCCAAUCUGUCUCCUUCGGCAAAGCUUUUAUGAGUAAUCUCCAGCGAGCUUCUAAGACUGCAGAGAGGAUCUUCCAGUACCACACUAGCAUCGAGUUGAUCCAAGACGUAUAUAUACGGAGGAAAUCGACGAGCUAUAUGCUUUGUGUCUUCCGCUGA